AAACUAUAAUCUUCUCCUCUGCUCCAUCAUGGCCGACGCCUUCUGUGCCACCUGGAAACUUGUGGAGAGCGAGAACUUUGACGAUUACAUGAAAGCUCUCGGCGUGGGAUUCGCCACCCGGCAGGUCGGCAACGUGACCAAACCCACCGUGAUCAUCAGCCAGGACGGCGACAAGCUGGUGAUCCGCACGCAGAGCACCUUCAAGAACACCGAGAUCUCCUUCAAGCUGGGCGAGGAGUUCGACGAGACCACCGCCGACGACCGCAACUGCAAAUCCACAGUGACCCUGGACGGAGACAAGCUGGUCCACGUGCAGAAGUGGGACGGCAAAGAGACCAAGUUCGUCCGAGAAAUCAAGGAUGGGAAGUUGGUGAUGAACUUAACUUUUGAGGACGUCCACGCAGUUCGUACCUACGAGAAGGCAUGAGCGUCUUCGUCCCCAGCCGGCUAAGAAGUGUUCAUUUCAUCAUUCUUGUGGACUGUUUGUGCUUCUGUUUACACUU